UGUUAGAGAGCCGGCAGCCCGCAACGCGAGAGUUGCUGCCGAGUCAAUUCGAGUUUGAAAUAUCGUUUGAUUGAAACAGACAGAGAGAAGAGACAUUUCGUGAAUUCGUAGUAAAGAAACUCGGAAACGACGGAAUCGUUGUUAACCCCGUCCCUAGAUAAAGAAGGGACAGGCAUCAUCUCGUAUUCGUUCCGAUCUACGUUUAGUGUCGCUGUGUCCUACAACGGUUCUCUCACGCCACCCUCUUUGCCACCGUAUUCGCGAACUACUCGGUCUCCUGUCGCUCUCCAUUUGCCCCUCUUUUGCUAACCUAUCUCUCCCUUUCUCUUUUCUCUAUCUCUUUCUUUCUAUCUUUCUCUCUCUUUCUCUCUCUAUAUCUCUCGGUCUUUAAACGCAACAUCGAAUACGAAAGAAACGGAGAAAUUAAAGCGUUCACACGAAGAAGUAGCCUGUUAAGAUAACAGACUGUUUUCGAUUGCUUCUCUGACGGAUAUUAUUCACGUUGUUUUCUACGUGGAAAGAAUACCGUUCCUGGAUUGUACAUAUAUCGAAAGAUCGAACAAUUAAAACUGGAUAAUCGUGUCACGUAACGAGUUAGCUAGCCCGAAUUUGGAUCAAUGAUCUAAUGUUGUACGGAGAAGCUCGGAUCCUGCGCAUUCGGCGAUAGGACAUAGCCCUACCGCUUUUCAGGAAAAGGGUCGUGCAAAUCCUGCGCAAUACUUAACGCCAACACUGUCCGCAUGAAAUUGCGGUGUGACGACGCGGUGACCUUUUCAUAAAAUCUCUUCGAAAUUUUGUUGCCUCGCAAUGAGUACCACGGAUCCUACUGGAGAGGGCGGAGGGGGAGGGGCAACGACUACGAUAUCACCAAACAUUGAACAGAAUGUAUCUCCGAUUAUACCGGUGACCGGUAGUGCGGUGCAACCAGGCUCUCAACAACAGCAUCCACCACCGUCACCACUAAGUGGUUGUUACCUUCUCGUUGUGCUUCCAGAGCCUCAUACCACGCAGCAUAAAGAUCUCAUCUUAAAUCGUCUCGCAAAAGGUUUCUUGUCGUGGGAUAAGGAUAGCUGUCACGUAGAUUUAGAAAAAGAAUUACUGGCGUUGGUGGCGCAAGCUCCGGAAGGGGAAGAAGCAAGAAAUGGCGAACGACUGAUCCAAUACGCUACCGAGAACCUCGUUACCGAAGUUCUGAUUCACCCGCAAACGAAUACACUGUUACAAUGUAUCCGUAACCUUCUCGCAAGCUUUACAAAACACCGACACAUUAUACACGGUGGCUAUACCUUCAGUGGAAAUGGUUCCUGGAUACUGCAAGAUGGAACCUUUAGCCUUGCCGAUUUCCUGGAUGCGUUCAGUGAACACGAAGUGCAAAGAGUUCUUCGUGCGUAUGAAAACAGUGUCACGGUAGACAUUCAUUGCGCGAGUGUCGGCGAUUGGACAACAAAUAGACUUUCCAAAGAAGCUUGCACUAGACCUUGCCGAGUAAGAGUAAAUCCCGAUGACGUUCUCACCGCUGGAUUACCAGCCAUCGCGAGUUUCACGAAUUACAUUGGACAAUAUCUGGUCGCUCAGACACUGGACCAGCUUAUGGAGCCAUCCGAUGUCGUAGGCAACAUAAGAUUUAGUCACCCAACAUUGUAUGUCUUCCCUGGCGGUCAAGGUGAUGCCGCGCUCUUCGGCAUAAAUGGUUUUAACAUGUUGGUGGACGGUGGUUUCGCCAGAAAGGCCUGUUUUUGGGACUUUACCAGACACUUGGAUCGCCUCGAUGCGGUCUUAGUUACUAGAAUAAAUAAUAGUAAUGUUGGAGGCAUGUCCAGUGUGCUCCGCAAGAAGAAAGAAAUGCACGUCUAUCCUCAAAUCGGACAUUUCUUCUGCAACCUAAUCGAGAGAAGACAAUCCAAUUCACCGGACGGGGACAAAGAUAUCGAUCCUCUGAUACUAAAUCUCACCGAUAUUGGCCAAGAGAUGGUUGUCAAUCUGCGUCACAUCAGUCUGCGAGCGCAUCCGUGCUACAGAGACCCAGACCCGAUCAAUCUCUAUCAUAAAGUAGGUCACGGCACGUUGGACAUGUACGUGUUAAGCCCCAGCAAGGAUAGUCGCGAAGUUAAAGAAUUUCUGGCGAGAUGGCACGCCGCCGAUUCGAAACUUUUUGCCGGUGGUCACAAGAAAGACUCGAACAAUUUAACCUUCCCGAUCCAGAAUUUGGUCUCCAUAUGCGCUUUAUUAGUCUGGCAACCAGCAAACCCCGAAGACACCAUUACGAGAAUAUUGUUUCCCGGAAGUACGCCUCAACAGAAGAUCUUCGAAGGUUUCGAACGAUUGAAACACCUGGAGUUCCUAAAGCAUCCUGUUUGUUCCGCAAAGAGCCUCUCGCCGUCCGCGUCUUUAGCUACCCUGCGAGACAAGCCCACGAAACAGAAAUUGGGCCUGAUCAGUGAAAAAGAAGCUUCGAAGAAGUUAGGCACAGAGGCGAAGAAAGAGAAAAAAGAAUCGCCUGAAAUAAAAAUGAAAGCUACAGAUGAAUUACCUCCAAAGACGCAAGCAACGUCAAUUAUUCCUACGAAACCUGUUAAAGCUGAAACGAAGCCUAAGAAAAUAGUGGAGAACAAGAAGAUAGAGGUGGAGAAGGAGAGUAAAAAGAUAGAAAAAGAAGCGAAGGAAGCGAAGAAGGAGAUUGUAAAGAAGGAUGUUGGGAAGGAGAAGCCAGAAAAGAUAGAAGAGAAAUUAGAGAAACGCGAAGAGGAUGUCCAGAAGAAGAUCGAGCCUCCGAAAGAAACGGAAAAGAUAACUCCACCGGCGAAGGAAUCAAAACCGAAAGAAGUAGCCAAAAGGAAAGAAUCGAAAGAACCAAAGGGCGUUAAACCUGGAAAGAUUGAAACAAAGGCGAAGGUAACUGAUAAAAAAGCGAAACAGUCUCCCGUAGAAAAGAAGGACGCUGGAAUGAUAGUAAAAUCUUCACCAACGACCCCUAAGAAAACUAUAAACGGAGUUGCCACAAAGACGGAGAUAUCGAAAGUGAGCGUGACCAAAGCAAAAGCCCAGAAGACAGCAGCUGCACCACCAGCGAAAAGCACUAAGGAUGCAAAUAAUAGAAAAGUACUUGAACAGAAGAACAUCGAAUCGGCUAUAACCACUGGCAUGGUCAAAGUACCAGCCAAACCGAAACCAAUGGACAGAAAACCGCUUAGCCGCCGACCAAAACCAGUUAGUCCGAGUAAAGUUCGAGUAUCUGGUAGUCCAGCGAAGUCGACUCGUAGCACCCCAACAACCUCUGUUAAAUCUGACAAAGACGGUGUCGUUCGCAAAGCGAAGAGCGACAAAGGUACUGCCGAUUCUUCGACUGUAUCCACGCCAUCUGGAAUCGAAGCCGAAACAGGAGUUAGACUCGCAGAGAAGAGUCUAAUGGAACAAUCGGAAGAUAUUUCUUUGGAUUCUAUCGAAAGCAAAGUGCUGGCUGAUCUAAAGGAGGAAAGAGAAGUAGUCGAGGAGAUCGAAGCAGUGCUUAAAAAAGCAGAUCUUAUCGAAGAAACACGAAAAGAUGAUCGUUCAGAAGGAGAUGAUGAAAUCACAGCGGAACUUACUGACAAGAAAGAAGAAGAUAUCACAGACGAUGACAUAAUCGAAGCUGACAUGGAAGAUGCACUUAAGAGAGAACUUAUCGAUGAGUAUUUGAUCGUUGAGAAAGAGGAAGAUUAUAUAGAAGACUCUACUCAGAGCGGCGAAGGUGAACAAAAGCAUAUUUUGGACGAGGCUGAAUCUGAGAAGGUGAAGAUGCUAAAGGAUAUGGAGCAGGUGAAGGAAAAAGGUGCCGAGGAAGAAGUGGAGGAGAAAGAGAAGGACGAGAGCGUGGAGAAGCGUGAAAAACCAUUGGAAGAGAAGGAGACGAUAUUGAAAGGCGAAGAAGAGAAGGCAGAGCCAAUUGAUUUGUCACCAGAUCGUAGGGAGCAAUUGGAAGAAGAGGCUAAAGAAAUAGUUGCUCCCGCAGCAGAGAUAAUCCAACAAAAACCAGAAGAGAAAGACGAUUCCGGUAAGAAGGAUAGCGAGGACAUUACCAAGGAACCUUCGAGUUUGAGCCCUGAUAAGUUAGACUCUUCCGAGAAGAAAACCACUGACACUGAUUUGAAACCCGAAGCUGACCAAAAGGAACAAAUACCAGAAAAAUUAGAAGAAUCGCAAGAACGAAUUUCAACUUUGGAAUCUGGUGCUACAACCACAGCGCCGACACUUCCAGAAGAUGAGCGUAUACCUCUGGACGAAAUCAAAGAAGAUAUCGACGAGAAACACAUUAUCGAGGAAGUGAAAGAGAAGGAUGUGGUACAGAAAGUUAAAGAAGAGGUCGUUGCUUCGCGAACCGUACCUCCAACAGUAACUACAAAACCAGACGUUCAAGUGUUUGAUGUCCGUCAAGCUGUACAGUGUCUUCAACGCGACAUUGUAAAAACACCAGACGAAGUUGCUGAUUUGCCAGUCCACGAAGAGGUAGAUCCUAAAUUGUACAGAAUGGAAGACUUCGAGAAGGACAAAGAGGAGAAACCAGCAUUGGUACAACCGCCACAAUCACAGCAAGAACCAGAGCCUCAGCCACAAGUAUCGGCACCGGUACCAACGCAAGAAGUCAAGGAACCACCUACGCCACCUGUUAAGGAACAAAAAGGAGUUUUCAGCUUCUUCGGCAAGGUUGCUGAUAAGUUUGAAAAGGGCAUCGAUAAAUUAACCAAGAAAUCAAAGAAGGAACAGGAGAAGGACGUCGAUGAAAAGUCUUCGUCGAAGUCCAGUUCUCCGAAAGAGGCGAAGGUACAAGAGAAGACCGUGCUAGAAGAAGUCGAUGUCGAGAAAAUAUUCCUGAAAGUUGGUAAACCUAGUGAGAAAGUCCAGGAAGUAGUUCCUGAAGUGGAACCGAAGAUACAAGAGAGGGCUGCCUCGAUCACGGAAGAAACCAUCGCGAUGGCUAAGGAAAAACUCGAGGGUGUGACCGUAACAGAACGUGACGUAACAGAACUCGAAAUUAAAGAGAAAGAAAUUAAACCUACUGAGGAAGAGGCUGUGAAAGAAGAAAGCAAAUCUCCAGUGUCGGUGGUAUCGAAACCCAUUGAGGAAGAAAAAAUUGAAUUGAAAAAAGAAAUAGCGAAACCAAGCGAAGUUCCGUCGAAAGAUGUCGAGGUCGCAGAAAAGACGGAAAAGUCACCGGAGAUCGAGAUCAAAGCUAAGAAGGAAGAACAGCUUGCAGAAGAAGUCGAAGAAGAAGCAGAAGAAAUAAAAGCACUGUUGGAAGAAGCUUCGAAGAAAUUUAAAACAGUAAAGGACAGCUUGAGGGAUUCUUUGGAAUCGUUGGAAGAGAAGAUUGCCGGUGAAACAGCUGAUUUGACACGAGAGGUACCAUUAACGAAGGAUGUCGUUAAGGACACUCUGGAAGGUGUGGUGGAAAAGCUGGAAGCGAUUAAGCCACAUAUCGAAGGCACAUCUCCCGAAAGCAAAGAACCUGAAAAGGUGAAAUUCGAAAUACCAAAAGCUGAACAUUUGGAAGAAGAAAUACCUACGAAAGACGUUAAAGAAGCUGUUCUAGACGUUGGAGAGGUUCUUGCUGGAACAGCUGGUAUCGACAUCGAGGACAAAGUUAGAGAUGUUACUGAAAUCGUGCGUAAGGUUGCCGAGGUUCUGAAAGACGACGAUGUCUUCUCGGACAAGUUGUUGUUCAAGGAACCAAUCAAAAAGGGAGAAACUGUGUCGCCACCUAAACCUGUGGCGGAAGCUGUGUCGCCACCUAAACCUGUGACGGAAGCUGUGUCGCCACCUAAACCUGUGGCGGAAGCUGUGUCGCCACCUAAACCUGUGACGGAAGCUGUGUCGCCGCCUAAACCUGUGGCGGAAGCUGUGUCGCCGCCUAAACCUGUGGCGGAAGCUGUGUCGCCGCCUAAACCUGUGGCGGAAGCUGUGUCGCCGCCUAAAGCUGUCGCGGAAACUAAGGUUUCUAUGAUACCCACGAAAGUUGGAAUUACCGAAGAAAUUUCUCUGUACCAGGAGGAAGCUGAAGAACUCGUUGCAGAAACAAAGGAAGAACCUUGUGUCCAAAUUGUCAAAGAAACAGAGCCAAUUAUAUCUCCGAAAGAAGAGAAAGAUGAGCGUGACGUUAAGGAAAUUUGCGAAGAAAUGAUGAAAGAUGUCAAAGAGAUUGCUCCCGAAGUUAAAGAUUUGUCUCUGAAGGUGGACGUACUGGAAGCUGGGGUGGAAGACGUUUGUGUGAAAGAAACUGUGAAAUCACCGAUCGAAAAAGAGGAGAAAGUUCAAACAGCUAUAGAAGAGCCUGUAAUAGGUUUCGAGCAAAAGAUUUCUCCCGCCAAAGCGGAGAUUGUAAUGGUUUCUCCUGGUUCAACACCAACCUCACCGAAAUUUGUUACAGAUAAAAUGCAGGAAAGCAAAGUGGACUUGAGUAAAGAAAUUGAACUCUCGAUUAAAUUACCCGCUGAAAUAAAAGCUAUUGUCGAUAAGGUAGAUCGUAUUGUGGAAGAGAUUAUCGAAGAACUUGUGAUUAAGAAGAAGAAAAUCACUAUUGAGAUUAUAGAGUACAUUACAAUUGUUAAAGGUGUUCCAAAGGAGCGUGUUAUUUAUAUUAUCGAAGAGAUUAUUAUACGAAAGGGUCUUUCAAAGAAAGAUGUCGUCGAUAACGUUGAUAUCUUAAAAUUGGAAGAAUCUAUCACUCCGAAAUUGAAAAUGGAGCUUGAAGAGUAUAUUAUCAAUGAAUACAUUAAAAGAGGAAAAUGCAUAACUAUCGAAAUCGUCGAAGAAAUUUCCAUUAAAAAGACUGUGCCGAAAGUGAUCAUAAUUCGUAUUAUCCAGGAAAUUAUCGUUAAAAAGUUAAUCGAUGUUAAAACUGAUGGUUUGUUUGAUUCCGAACUGAAACCAAUUGACACUAAAGCAAAGAAAGAAGAAGCUGAGAAGAAAGAAGAAACGAAGGAGGAAAAGAUCGAAGCACCGUCGAAAUUAGACAAAAAGGAAGAAAAAUUAUCACCAAUCGAAGUUAUAUCGGUCGCGAAACCAGAAAUAAAAUCUCCUGUAGAAAAAGAGAUUUUGAAGGAAAAAGAGAUGAAAUCACCGAAAGAAGAAGCUAAAAUUUCUGAACCACGUAAAGAAGAACUCGGCGUCGAAGAAGAAUCCGUUUGUUUGUCAGCUGAAGAAGAAGAAGAAGAUGAUUUUGUAAGUAUCAUUAAAAAAUCUUCCACAAAACCGAAAGAGGUUCGUGACUACGAGGACACAAUACCUACAAAACCGGUAUCUCUAAAAGAAAUUAUCGACAAAAGACAGGAAAAAGACAUUGGCGACGACUUUGAGGCUGUCGAACAAGAAUAUAAAGUACGUGAUGUCACUGUUACUUCUUUGGAAGAUACAUCGCGUAUUAUUUCACCAAAAUCAGACGAAUCACGCGAGCGGGAAUAUGCCGAAGAAGCUGUGGAAGAUACCAUAAGUGACGUUAUCGAGGCUGACGAAAAAUUCGUUCACGAGACAAAGGGAAAAGUAGGAAAGACAGAAUUACCUAUCGAUGUAAAACCAGUUAAAGAGAAAGAAAAGGAAGUUAAAGUGACCGAAGUACCAGAAUCUCUUGAUACCAUAGAAAAGUAUCUAGACGAAGCUAAAGAGAAGAAGGAGCAGAAGACUAAAUCGCCCGAAGAACAAGUGGAUGCGAUUACAAUAGAAAAAGAAAGAAGGAAACGUUCAAUCGCUGAACUAGUACUGGAAAAAGAAGUUAUUCAGAAAGAAUUAGAAAAGCUGGAAGAAAAAGAAUUUAAGCCAAUAGAAAAGAAGGAAGAAGUUAAACCAGUAGAAAAAGAGGAAGAAGUAAAACCAAUAGAAAAGAAAGAAGAAGUAAAACCAAUGGAAAAGAAGGAAGAAAUUAAGCCAGUAGAAAAGGAAGAAGAAGUAAAACCAAUAGAAAAGAAAGAAGAAGUAAAACCAUUGGAAAAGAAGGAAGAAGUGAAACCAGUAGAGAAGGAAGAAGAAGUGAAACCAAUGGAAAAGAAGGAAGAAGUAAAACCAGUAGAAAAGGAGGAAGAAGUGAAAGCAGUAGAGAAGGAAGAAGAAAUGAAACCAAUAGAAAAGAAAGAAGAAAUAAAACCAAUGGAAAAGAAAGAAGAAGUAAAGCCAAUGGAAAAGAAGGAAGAAGUUAAACCAGUAGAAAAGGAAGAAGAAGUAAAACCAAUAGAGAAGAAAGAAGAAGUAAAACCAAUGGAAAAGAAGGAAGAUGUUAAACCAAUAGAGAAGAAAGAAGAAGUGAAACCAAUGGAAAAGAAGGAAGAAGUAAAACCAGUAGAAAAGGAAGAAGAAGUAAAACCAAUAGAAAAGAAAGAAGAAGUAAAACCAAUGGAAAAGAAGGAAGAAGUUAAACCAGUAGAAAAGGAAGAUGAAGUGAAACCAGUAGAAAAGGAAGAAGUAAAACCAAUAGAAAAGGAAGAAGAAGUAAAACCAAUAGAAAAGAAGGAAGAAGUGAAACCGGUAGAGAAGGAAGAGGAAGUGAAACCAGUGGAAAAGAAAGAAGAAGUGAAACCAGUAGAGAAGGAAGAAGAAAUGAAACCAGUAGAAAAGAAAGAAGAAGUAAAACCAAUGGAAAAGAAAGAAGAAGUAAAACCAAUGGUAAAGGAGGAACAAGUGAAACCAGUAGAGAAGGAAGAAGGAGUAAAACCAAUGGAAAAGGAGGAAGAAGUGAAACCAGUAGAAAAGGAAGAAGAAAUGAAACCAGUGGAAAAGAAAGAAGAAGUAAAACCAAUGGAAAAGAAAGAAGAGGUGAAACCAGUAGAAAAGGAAGAAGAAGCGAAACCAGUGGAAAAGAAAGAAGAAGUAAAACCAAUGGAAAAGAAAGAAGAGGCGAAACCAGUAGAAAAGGAAGAAGAAGCGAAACCAGUGGAAAAGAAAGAAGAAGUAAAGCCAAUAGAAAAGAAGGAAGAGGUGAAACCAGUAGAAAAGAAAGAAGAAGUGAAACCAGUGGAAAAGAAAGAAGAAGUAAAACCAAUGGAAAAGAAGGAAGAAGUGAAACCAGUAGAAAAGAAAGAAGAAGUGAAACCAGUGGAAAAGAAAGAAGAAGUAAAACCAAUGGAACAGAAGGAAGAAGUGAAGCCAGUAGAAAAGAAAGAAGAAGUGAAACCAGUGGAAAAGAAAGAAGAAGUGAAACCAAUAGAAAUGAAAGAAGAAGAGAGACCAGUGGAAAAGGUGACUGAACCAAAGUCACCUGUUCAAAAGGAAAUCAUCGAUGAAAUCAAGCCUACUGAAAUUUCAUUAACAAAAGAUGAGAAGCGAGGAGACAAAUUGGAGACAGCCAUCGACGUUUCCAAGAAAAUUCCGGAAUCGGAAGUUGUUGAUCGCGUACCGAAGGAAGAACUUGUUGAAAAGAAACCGGAAAUACUUGAAGUGGAGCGUAAGAAGAGUAUUCAGGAAUUAGUUAAAGAAGAUGAGGAAGUAUCCCCCAAAGUAGAAAAGAUCGAAGAUGACAAGAAAAUAUCUCCCAAAGCAGAGAAGAUCGAAGACGACAAGAAAGUGGAGAUGGUCGCGCCUGAAGAUUUAGCUAAAAAAGAUGAGAAAAUAUCUCCUAAAGCAGAAAAGAUCGAAGAUGUUACGAAAAUUGAGAAAGUUACUCUUGAAGAUGUAGCUAAAAAAGAUGCGGUAGUAUCUCCCAAGCUGGAAAAGAUCGAAGAUGAAAAGAAAAUGGAGAAAGUUUCUCCUGACGACUUAGCUAAGAAAGACGAAGAAGUAUCUCCCAAAGUAGAAAAGAUCGAAGAUGACAAGAAAAUUGAGAAAGUGACUCUAGAAGACUUAGCUAAAAAGGAUGAGAAAAUAUCUCCCAAAGUAGAAAAGAUCGAAGACGACAAGAAAGUGGAGAUGGUUGGGCCUGAAGAUUUAGCCAAAAAAGAUGAGAAAAUAUCUCCCAAAGCAGAAAAGAUCGAAGAUGUCACGAAAAUUGAGAAAGUUGCUCCUGAAGACUUAACUAAGAAAGACGAAGAAGCAUCUCCCAAAAUAGAAAAGAUCGAAGAUGACAAGAAAAUGGAGAAAGUUGUUCCUGAAGACUUGGCUAAGAAAGACGAAGAAAUAUCUCCUAAAGUAGAAAAGAUCGAAGAUGACAAGAAAAUGGAGAAGGUUGCUCCUGAAGAUUUAGCUCAAAAGGAUGAGAAAGUAUCUCCCAAAGUAGAAAAGGUCGAAGGUGACAAGAAAAUUGAGAAAGUUGUUCUUGAAGACUUAUCGUUGGCUCGAAAAGAAGAGCCACUCAAAGAGAUACCAGUUGCAGUUAAAGAAGAAAAGAAACCUGAGAAAUCGCCUGAAGAUGAUGCUGCAGCUGUUCGAAGGAUGUUAGUUACAGCAAGCAGCGAAGAUGGCGGACAAGAAAUUGAAAUUUCCCCAACUGGUACUAUUGCGUUCCAAAAAACUGUUACACCUGAUGAUUCUCUUAAAGAUGCAUCUGUCAAAUCAACAUCUGAUAAAGAUUCUUUGCUUCUAGAUAAGGACUCUUUGCACUCAGAAAUCAGUUCUCCAGAAAAAGACAGCAUUUCUGAUAAGUCACCAUCAAUCAAAGAUGUCGGAAAGGUAACUCCUGAAGACAGCUUGGAUAAGUCACCGAUUGACACUCGUGACUCACGUGAUCUCGAAGACAGCUUAGAGAAGGCGGUACCUACUAAACCAAAAGAAGCGGACAGUAGCACUUCUCCAUCUCUGAUAGAAUCAGAAAUUCCAAAGUCUCCCAGUUUGCAACAACAAACAGAAAUUUUGGAGGAUAUGGCUAAAGCCGUUCGUGAAAAAGUCGAAAAGAAAGAAUUAGAAACUAAGAAGAUUGAAACAAUCGAAUCAUCUGUUGAUACAGCUACUAAAGUAGUGGACACCGUUGUUGAGAAAAAAGAAUUAGAUGGAAAAAUGAUUAAAGAAGCUUUAGAGAAACCGACGCUGAUUCAAGAGAAAGUUGAAGUCGAUGAAAUUCGCAAGAAAAGUCUCGACAUCGUUGCAUCGAAAUCACCGGAGUCGCUUCGAUCGGAAGAUGUUUCUCCGGCGGAAACUAUUUUUGCAAAAUCACCGGAAGAAUCGGCGAAGAUUUCUGAUAUGAAAGAUAUAGAACCUCUAAAGCCAACCUUCGAAACGAUAGUUCCAGAAAGAAAGAUUGGAAUGCCGGAAAGUUUGAAAACAGAAGUAAUUAAAGAAGUUGCUCAAGUUGAUAGGAAAAUUGAGAUGCCUGUAAGUGAUGAAAAAGAAGACAAGAAAGAACGUGCCGGUAUUUCACCUAAGAAAAGUCCUGAAGAGAGUCCUGAAAAGAGUCCUGAAAAGAGUCCAGAACUAAAAGAGAAACCACUUGAUUUCGAACCUACCAAAGCAGAAAAGAUACAACCAAUCACAGACCUUAAGCCAGCAAUUAUCACUGACCAGGACACGUUAGGAAAGAAAGAAGCAGACAAAAAAUCUCCUUCUCCGGCACCGAGUGAUAAAGGGGAUUUGCAGGAGGUAAGCGAGGACAAAAUGGUAGAAAAGACGAUUGUCUAUUUGACAAAGUUGGAAAAAUCUGAGAUCACUACCGCAGAAGCAGAAAAGAAGAUAGAAGAACAAGUAGAUGUUUCUAAACGUCAGGCUGAAGAAUCCAAGAAAACAAAAACACCAGAGGAACCUAGAACUCCAACUACAAGUCCUGUUCUUGAACAACCUUUGAAAGCAGACAUCGCAGAAAUUCCCAGUGAAAAACCGAUAGAAUCAAAGGCACCUUUUGAUGUAUCAAAGCGACCCAGUAUUCCUACUGAACCGCAUGAGUGGAAAGAGAUUGAUGUAAAGGAAAUAGACAAGGCUAGGGCGUUAAGUAUAACGAGUGCUACCGAAGAACGUGAGGUUAUUACAGAUCGUUUGAAAUCACCGAUUAGUCCUGCAGAGAAGCCAGAUUUAAAGGCUAUUGAUAAAAAAUCACUUUCUCGUUAUUCGGAUUUAGAGGAUGCAGAGGCAGAAGAUGAGAAGUCUGCAUCUUCCAGUAUAACAAGUGUCUCAGGAGAAUCUAAGGACGCAUCAGAUGCGUCAAAGUCGUCCAGUAUUGUUGACGAGGUAUGCGAUAUAAAGGAUAUUGCGGCAAGAGAUAUUGAGAAGUCAACAUCUCCUAGUGUCGCUAGCGUCACAAGUCUCUUGACUGAACAAAAGGAACCGGUGGAUAAAUCAAAGACACCUAGUAUUGCUGGAGAGAUUCCUGACUUAAAAGAAGUUGAAACAAAAGAUAUGGAGAAAUCUAGGUCCCCCAGUAUAUCGAGUGUCUCAACUGAAGCAAAGGACGUGUCAGAUAAGUCGAAGUCUUCUAGUAUCGCUGGCGAGACACCCGACUUAAAAGAGGUUGAUGCUAAAGAAAUAGAGAAAUCCAGAUCUCCCAGUGUAACGAGUGUUCUAUCCGAAGCAAAAGACGUAUCGGAUAAGUCGAAAUCUCCCAGUAUCGUUGGCGAGACACCUGACUUAAAGGAUCUUGAAGCUAAAGAAAUUGAAAAAUCUAGGUCUCCCAGUGUAACAAGCGUCCCAGCUGAAGUUAAAGAUGUGUCGGAUAAGUCGAAAUCUCCUAGUAUCGCUGGCGAGACACCUGACUUAAAAGAGAUUGAAGCUAAAGAAAUAGAGAAAUCUAGAUCUCCCAGUGUAACGAGUAUCAUAUCCGAAGGAAAGGGCGUAUCGGAUAAGUCGAAAUCUCCUAGUAUCGCUGGCGAGACACCCGACUUAAAAGACAUUGAAGCUAAGGAAAUAGAGAAGUCUAGGUCUCCCAGUGUAACGAGUGUCCCAUCCGAAGCAAAAGACGUACCGGAUAAGUCGAAAUCUCCUAGUAUCGCUGGCGAGACACUUGACUUAAAGGACAUUGAACCUAAGGAAAUAGAGAAGUCUAGGUCUCCCAGUGUAACGAGUGUCCCAUCCGAAGCAAAGGACGUACCAGAUAAGUCGAAAUCUCCUAGUAUCGCUGGCGAGACACUUGACUUAAAGGACAUUGAACCUAAGGAAAUAGAGAAGUCUAGAUCUCCCAGUGUAACGAGUGUCCCAUCCGAAGCAAAGGACGUACCGGAUAAGUCGAAAUCUCCUAGUAUCGCUGGCGAAACACUUGACUUAAAGGACAUUGAAGCUAAAGAAAUAGAGAAGUCCAGAUCUCCCAGUGUAACGAGUGUCCCAUCCGAAGCAAAGGACGUACCGGAUAAGUCGAAAUCUCCUAGUAUCGCAGGCGAGACACUUGACUUAAAGGACAUUGAAGCUAAAGAAAUAGAGAAGUCCAGAUCUCCCAGUGUAACGAGUGUCCCAUCCGAAGCAAAGGACGUACCGGAUAAGUCGAAAUCUCCUAGUAUCGCUGGCGAGACACCUGACUUAAAGGAUCUUGAAGCUAAAGAAAUUGAAAAAUCUAGGUCUCCUAGUGUAAUAAGCGUCCCAGCUGAAGCAAAAGAUGUAUCGGAUAAGUCCAAGUCUCCUAGUAUCGCUGGUGAAACGCCUGAUCUGAAGGACGUUGAUGCGAAAGGUGCUGAGAAAUCUAGAUCUCCGAGUAUACCAAGUGCUCCAGUAGAAACUAAAGAUAUAUCAGAUAAAUCAAAGACACCAAGCAUCAUCAGUGAUACGCUGGAUCUAAAAGAACUGGAAACAAAAGAUAUUGAGAAAUCCAGAUCUCCUAGUGUGACAAGUAUUUCAACGGACUUGAAAGAUAAGUCAAAGACUCCUAGCAUUACUGGCGAAACACCAGAUUUAAAGGAUAUCGAGAAGUCUAGGUCUCCUAGCAUAACAAGUAUUUCAGCGGAGUUUAAAGAAGUAUCAGAUAAGUCAAAGACUCCCAGCGUUGUUGGUGAAGAACCUGACUUAAAGGAUGUUGACAAAUCUAGGUCUCCUAGGCCUAGCGUAACUAGUGUCCUUACUGAGCCAAAAGAACCAGCUGAUAAAUCCAAGACACCAAGCAUUGCAGGAGAAAUUGCCGAUCUGAAGGAAGUCGAUGAAAAAUAUUUUGACAAAUCCAGAUCUGCCAGCGUAGCAAGUAUUGCAGUUGAACCGAAGGAACUUUCGGAUAAGUCAAAGUCACCUAGUAUUGUUAGUGAGACUCUUGACUUGAAGGAGAUUGACGAAAGAGAUAUUGAGAAAUCUAGGUCUCCUAGUGUGAUAAGUGUACCUACUGAGCGGAAAGAAACACCGGAUAAAUCCAAGUCACCCAGCAUUGCUGGUGAGAUUCCAGAAUUAAAAGACGUUUGCGUAAAAGAUGCUGAGAAGUCUAGGUCUCCUAGUGUAACAAGCAUUUCAGCCGAGCUGAGAGAACCAACUGAUAAGUCAAAGUCACCUAGCAUUGCUGGCGAGAAACCCGAUCUAGAUGAAAUUGAUGCAAAAAGUGCUGAAAAAUCCAGGUCUCCUAGUGUUGCAUCUGUUGUAACUGAAACAAAGGAAACAUCCGAUAAAUCAAAAUCGCCUAGUAUUGCCGGGGAGGUUCUCGAUUUGAAAGAUGUUGAAGCAAAAGAUAUUGAGAAAUCUCGAUCUCCUAGCAUUACAAGUGUUCCAACUGAAGCGAAAGACGCAUCAGAUAAAUCAAAGUCUCCUAGUAUCGCUGGUGAAAUACCCGAUGUAAAGGACGCCGAUAUAAAAGAUACACAGAAAUCUAGAUCUCCAAGUAUAUCAAUCGCAUCAACGGAAUCGAAAGAAGCCACGGAUAAAUCAAAGUCACCCAGCAUUGCUGGAGAAGUACCUGACUUAAAGGAUAUUGAGAAAUCUAGAUCUCCCAGUAUAACCAGUAUUCCGGCUGAAGCAAAGGACGUUUUGGAUAAGUCAAAGACGCCUAGUAUUGCUGGUGAAAUUCCCGAAUUAAAGGAUGUUGAGAAAUCUAGAUCUCCCAGUAUACCAAGCAUUCCUGUGGAAUCAAAGGACGUAUCAGAUAAGUCAAAAUCUCCCAGCGUUGCUGGAGAAGUUCAAGACUUAAAGGAUGUUGCAAAAUCUAGAUCUCCCAGUAUACCAAGUGUUUCCGCUGAAUCGAAAGAAGUAUCAGAUAAGUCAAAAUCUCCCAGUGUUGCUGGUGAAGUACCCGACUUAAAGGAUGUUGAGAAAUCUAGAUCUCCAAGUAUACCAAGCAUUCCUGUGGAAUCAAAGGACGUAUCAGAUAAGUCAAAAUCUCCCAGUGUCGCUGGUGAAGCUCCCGAUUUGAAGGAUGUUGAGAAAUCUAGAUCUCCUAGUAUAUCAAGCAUUCCUGUGGAAUCAAAGGACGUAUCAGAUAAGUCAAAAUCUCCCAGUGUCGCUGGUGAAGCUCCCGAUUUGAAGGAUGUUGAGAAAUCUAGAUCUCCUAGUAUACCAAGCAUUCCUGUGGAAUCGAAAGACGUAUCAGAUAAAUCAAAAUCUCCCAGUGUCGCUGGUGAAGUUCCCGAUUUGAAGGAUGUUGAGAAAUCCAGAUCUCCCAGUAUACCAAGUAUUCCUGUGGAAUCCAAGGACGUAUCAGAUAAGUCAAAAUCUCCCAGUGUCGCUGGCGAAGUUCCCGAUUUGAAGGAUGUUGAGAAAUCCAGAUCUCCCAGUAUACCAAGCAUUCCUGUGGAAUCGAAAGACGUAUCAGAUAAAUCAAAAUCUCCCAGUGUCGCUGGCGAAGUUCCCGAUUUGAAGGAUGUUGAGAAAUCCAGAUCUCCCAGUAUAGCAAGCAUUCCUGUGGAAUCAAAGGAUGUGUCAGAUAAAUCGAAAUCUCCCAGUGUUGCUGGUGAAGUUCCUGAUCUGAGAGAUAUGGAGAAAUCUAGAUCUCCUAGCGUAACAAGCGUUUCAGCGGAACUAAAAGAAACAGUAGAUAAAUCGAAAUCGCCCAGUAUUGCUGGCGAAGCUAUUGAUUUGAAGGAUGUCGAGGCUAAAGAAAUUAGGAAAUCUAGGUCUCCCAGUGUGAUUAGUGUCACAGAUGAAUCAAAGGAUAAAUCCAGGUCUCCCAGCAUUGUUGCCGAGGCUCUCGAUUUGAAGGAUGUUCCGACGAAGGAUGCUGAUAAAUCUAGGUCACCUAGUGUUCCGUUAGAAUAUAAAGAUAUAUCAGAAAAAUCAAAGACUCCCAGCGUUGCUGACGAAACAAGUGAUUUAAAGGAUGUUGACGCUAAAGUUGCUGAUAAAUCUAGGUCACCUAGCGUAACAAGUGCCCCAGCGGAAGCAAAGGAUUUAACGGAUAAAUCAAAAUCCCCUAGCGUUGCUAGUGAUAUAUUGGAUCUGAAAGAUGUUGCAGAUUCUGUGGACAAAUCUAAAUCACCAAGUGUAACAGAUAUUUCAGUGGGAUUGAAGGAUGUAUCAGAUAAAUCAAAGUCGCCCAGCAUUGCUGGUGAAUCACCUGACCUAAAGGAGGUUGAAACGAAAUCUAUUGACAAACCUAUAUCUCCAACUAUACCAAGUGCUCCAAAGGAAGCUAAGGAUGUAUCGGAUAAAUCAAAGUCACCCAGUAUCGCUGGCGAGGUACCUGAUGUGAAAGAGGUUGAAUUGGAAGAUAUCGUGAAAUCUAGAUCUCCGAGUAUACCAAGUGUUUCAGUGGAAUCUAAGGAUGUAGCGGGUAAAUCCGAUGUAUCCAAGUCGCCUAGUAUCGCUGGCGACACGCUUGAUCUCAAGGAUAUUGACGUAAAAGACAAAUCCAGAUCUCCUAGUGUAACAAGUGUAUUAGGCGAACCAAAGGAAGCAGCGGACAAAUCCAAGUCUCCGAGUGUCGCUGGAGAAGUUCCCGAUAUACAGGAUGUUGAAGCAAAAGAUACUGAGAAAUCCAGAUCUCCAAGUAUACCAAGUGCAACGUUGGACUCGAGAGAUGUAUCGGACAAGUCGAAGACCCCAAGCAUCGCUGGCGACGUUUCCGAUGUAAAGGAAGUCGAAGCUAAAGACAUUGGAAAGUCCAGAUCACCCAGUGUAACAAGUGUCCUGUCAGAACCUAAGGAUAAAUCAAAGACUCCUAGCAUUGCUAGCGAGACACCUGAUUUGAAGGAAGUUGGUAUAAAAGAAAUUGAGAAAUCCAGAUCUCCCAGUGUAGCGAGUGUUCCAGGAGAAGCUAAAGAUUUGUCCGACAAAUCAAAGUCUCCCAGCAUCGCUGAUUUAGACGAAGGCGAUAAAAGAAGAGAAAUCGAUAGUAAAAAGCUAGAUGUCGAAGAGAAACAGAUUGAUAUCCGGAAAUCAGUCGAAAAGGAUGGGGCAUUAAAGACGCCAGUUAAACUGGAAGAUUUUACGAAGAUAAGCGUUUCUACUACAGAGGUAACUAAAGAUAAGUCGCUAUUCGUCGAUGAUAGCUAUAAAGUAUUGCCUGAAAGUGUUGAAAUGGACCAAACGCAGGUCGAUCGAGAAAGUACGAUGAAAAUAACGCCUGAGAAAGAAGCAAAUAUUAAAAAGUAUAUUUUAGAAGAAUAUAUAAAUAAGGGAAGGAAGAUCACGAUGAUCGUAAUAGAAGAAAUAAUUAGAACUUAUUCUGUCUCAGAGUUGAUAGUAAUGACUAUCAUAGAGACAAUUAUUACGACGAGGAAACUCAACAGAGAUUCAGUUUUAGAUAUACCCGAGCAAAAGAUGGAGAAGUCGGAUCAUUCGAUAAGUUCUAGCGUAAGUUCCGAACUGAUUGCUUCUGAUAAAUCUACUCAAGAUAGCCCUGUACGUUCUGAGCCACAUAUCGACGAAGAAGUUUCGAUCUCGGAAGAGAAGAGAAUCGAAAUUGAGAAACUUCUCGAAGAAGACUACGUUAAACAAGGAAAGAAAAUCACCGAAGAAAUUCUAGAAGACAUUAUCGUCCGAUCGUCUUUACCUCGAUACAUUAUUCUAGAAAUAACGGAGGAAUUAAUUCUGAAGAGAAAACUUACUCGAGAAUCCGUGAUCGACGUGGAGGUGUACUAUCACGACGACGAGCCAGAUGACAGCUACGGUAAGGAUGGCUACCGUUAUGAAAAAUCUCUGGAGCUCAGAUACGAACCCGACCACGGAGAAGGGAAAAUGUCUUACGAUUACAAAACGGUGGAAUAUUCGGGACAACGCGAAGGCCACAUGGAAACGUCGAUGACGGAUUAUUCGACAAGUUACGAGAGCCAAUUCCACAAAGCAUUCGUCGGCGGAGUAACCGAGAUACGUACGACUCAUAUAACGACGUUAUCAGGAAAAUCAACGCCAGACGUAACUCGUGACGGAACUCCUGAUUCGAUAUCCGAGCCUACAGCUUCCACCGUAGAGAAAGUAGAAGAUAAAUCUGCCGGUAAACCAAUCGACCAUAUUUCGCCUGAUAAAGAUGUAGUUUCUACGAGUAUCGGCACCUCCACCACUAUCACCACUACGGUAACCCAGAAAUCAUCCGUUACGCACACCGUGGAAGCGAAACCUCAGAUAGUUACUGUACUGAAAGAAAGUAAAAUCGGCGAAGUAGACGCGCAAGUGACGGGUAAAACGGAAGUAAUUAGAAAAGUAAUCGAAUCGGACGUAGACGCGAGUGAAUCUGUACCCUCGGCCAGGCUCGAGUUCGAGGAGUUGGAAAAACGAAUUAUCAAAGGUAAAGAAGAGAUGGAAGGAGAGCCAACCGAAGAAGAAAAGGAAGUUUCGCCAGAUGGCAAGGUGAUCGUGGUUAAAAGAAUCGUGACACGGGAAGUGUCGGAUCAAGAAGAACCCGAAACGAUUCGUAAGGUAAUAAAACGGGAGAUCAUCGAGCAGGAUGAUCCGCUGGUGAUUACGAAAGUCAUAAAGCGCGAGAUUAUCGUUCCCGAGGGUGAGAUGGGCGACACGGACGAUCUCGAAACGAUAAAAGAAAUCGUGAGCAAAGAAACUGUCCCAUCGACCGUCGAAACUGUGAGAACAGAAACGAAGAAAAUCGUGAUUACAGGAGGCGAGAAGCUGAGCGAAGAGAGUCUGACAUCGGACAUUCUGUCGGGUAUGCACGUCGACGUUAAAAAAGGAACGACAACUAUCAUAGAAACGGGUGGUGAGAUAUCGGAGAAGGACAUCAGAGAGGCUAUCGAAAAAAUGACGACCGAGGCUAGUAAGCAGAGUGAAUUUUUAAGCGACGAAGGUACCAUAAUCAAAGAAACUACUAUUAGAACUACGAAGACCGAAGAGUCUACGGAAAGGAAGAAAGAAGAGAAGAAAGUCGAAGGAGCAGAAGGAAAAUCUGAAGCGAAAUUUGAAAAGGAAGAAACGAAGCAUACGCCGAUGGAUAAACGUUCGAUGCCUCCUCAAGUACGCGAUAUCGCUUCCGACGUUUCUUCUCUGUCAGGAAGAACUACACCGGACCGAAGAUCCGAAGGUAGGUCUUUGACUGGAACUCCAGAAGGAUUCAGAUCGGGAGAGGUGAUCAGAACGAUCAUCACCACGACUAAGACAGUGUCCGACGACGGUGAGAUAGUGACGACGACCCGAGAAGUCACGGAAACCACAAACGAAAAAGGAGAGACGGUGAUAUUGGCGGAGAAAGUGGACGUGAAGGUAGACGAAUAUUUACCUAGCAAGGAUAUGACGGAAUCUUUGGGUCCCGAUAGCUCCCUUCUACGUUCCUUGCAAGAAAAAGAGAAAGAGAGAACAUCUAGCGACUUUAUGAGCAGCGCGAUGAGCAGCAGCAUUUAUGGCGAGCUACCGUCUGAAAAAGAUACAACAAGUGGCAGCACGCAGAAGAUCGGCGAAUCUUCCACUCUGACAGAUCAAGGUGAUUACACGUUCAAACGUUUCAUGGUGGAGAAAGAGUAUGCCGGUGAUUACAAGGAGAAAUCCGAUCCGAAGAAAUAUAUCGACGAGGCUGGACUUGACUUUGAGAAAGCUCUGUCGAUGGAACAAAAGGAAACUAAAGAAACCGAACCACAGGGUAAAACUAUCUCAGCGAGAUACACGAACGGUAGCGUUCGUCGAGAAGCGUCAGAUUCUGAUGGUAAGUCGGACGAUCGCAAAGAGGAGGAUCCGAAAUCUGACACGAAGAAAGAUCCGUUAGAUGGUUGGGGAACUCCGUUGGGGCUUCCUUCUCCCAUUCCACCGCAUAAGUUUAACCUCAGAAACACGAAUUCCGACAACAAUAUGAGACUAAAUUUCGACGCUAUUAACGACUGGGGUGAGCCAUUGAGAUUACCUUCACCAGCUCCUGUGACCAAUGAAAUUUCUAACAAGGGUACACCCGGAACACCGAAAAAAGAGAAGAAACAAGCGAGAAAGGUUCUAUCGGAGAAUCUGAAGAACAAGAAACGCUCCGAGAGUCCGGGCAAGAACGAGAAGAAGCUGAAGGAUUCGAAGAAUAAAGUACAACCCGUCUACGUGGAUCUUACUUAUGUACCUCAUCAUGGAAACUCCUAUUACACAUCGUUGGAAUUCUUCAAGAGAGUUCGCGCGAGAUAUUACGUGUUCAGCGGUACCGAACCAAGUCGCGAAGUCUAUGACGCUUUGUUGGAAGCUAAGAGGACUUGGGAAGACAAAGAUCUCGAGGUAACUAUGAUCCCAACUUACGACACCGACACCCUGGGCUAUUGGGUAGCCGACAACGAAGAAGCUCUGGCUGCGAAUCACAUUGACCUUUCACCUUCAGCAUCCCGAUGUACGAUUAACCUGCAGGACCACGAGACUAGUUGCAGUGCCUAUAGACUUGAAUUCUAGGGAUUGGCAGCCUGCUCAGCCGUAAUAGUUGAGUUCUGAGCGGUGUUCAGAGAGUGUACUUGAUCGCUUCAUUUCUGGACUUGCCGUUUCGCGAAUUCCUUACCGUGCCUACUAGCGGUUCAUAAAACUUUAGAAAAAUCUUAAGGAGAGGCUACAUCGAACGACUUGGACGUGGUCGUUCUACGAUCCGAAUAUUUCGUGCCUAAUCCCGUAUAAAUCAUAAAUACGCAGUUGUUCCUUGUUUUUAAAUGCACAGGUUUAUUGGAUCAACAACUAUAUUACCACGACCACCGAUAACAACAUAUAGCAGCAACAAUAACGACGACAAAAACAAUCACGACGAAAACAACAAAAAUAACAACACAACAACAACGAUAACGACAACAGCGAUGAGGACGAUAACGUUAACGAUGCUCCUUUCUUGCUCUCUCUCUAUCUGUUUUCUUUGCUUCCUUCACCUAUGAUACUUAGAUCGAGAAUACGAUAAAAAGAAUGCAAUUUUCUCCUGAACACUCGGCCGUGUACGAUCUUUGCUGGUACGUGCAAAAUUUCGAUACGAAGCUGUGAAACGAUCACGUUAGAAGCUGUUGCGACAAACGAACCUGGCCUGUUCUCAGUUUUUUUUGGACGUUUACACUCACAAAGUUUAAAGAACGCGUCCUUUGCCUCCAUUAUCUUUUUAUAUACACACCUAUUACUCGACACUGUUAUCGCUUUGGAAGCAUCGCUAAAAAAGCCGUAGAAAGAUGGAGACACGUAGGAACAACGCAACACAGCCUAGCAAUAACACGGACAAGACGUACAAAGGUAAAUAGGACGAAACAACGCGUACACAUAACGGGCAGAUAUUGAGGCAUCGACCACGUCGAUGAAGAAGACAAAAGGAUUCUUUGUACAUCUUUUAUGGUCUUAAGUUCUCGACAAAAAUGAAUUCGAGUUGGAACAUCCAAGGACGUUUCUUCGUCGAACUAACGAUCGAUCUCCUCGUCGUGAAUGUCUACUCGUGUACAGAGAUAAACGACUAUAUACGUCAAUCGGGAAGUACCGCGGUGAAACGAUCCGAGUCGUGAAACAAAGCGUUUCCAAAGAUUCCUAAAGAAUGGAAGAUAUUCGCGCGGUCGCAAUCGGAUCGAAGCAAACAACAGGAAAAGCGAUAUAGGAAAACGAUCGUCCAUAUCGUCGAUGUUCCAUUCCAAAUGCCACUUAGGCCCGUUACCUUAUAGCGGAGGUAGGUGAAUAAAGAUAAAGCAAAAUCUAAAAAAGGAUUCCCUUCUCGAUAACGAAGAAAGUAGAAUAUCAGAAGCAAAACUGAGACGGCGAUAAAGUAAAAAUCGUACAACAUCCAUCCAAUGGACAAAGUCCACGUUCGAUAAUCGUAUCGGAGUGAACAGCUCUGUUUUUCGACGUUUCGCCCGAGUUUUCGGCCACCUUAAGAACAGAGUUGCUCGUUCCUGUAAUAUAAAUCCGUUUAUAGAUAUUUUUUAGAGAUGAGAGUAUUUCAUUUGCCACGUAACAAAAUACCACUUUCUAGAGCGCGCACCGUUUAUGAAAUUAGACCAAACGAUAAUCGCGGUGUCGUAUCGACGUUGAGAACUGUACAAGGGGUCUACGAAUUCCAUUGACUCGUUUCCAUUCUCUCCUCGCUGUAUCUCGCGAAAGAAACGCAACGAUUCUGACGAUGUUUGCUUUCCAAGGGAAUUUCGAUGCUCCGCGCGUCCCUAUUCCUUUUACGCGUGUCGAACCGAACACCGUAAAAGAAAGCGUUCCAGAAAGUUGACAAACCGUUUAGUUCAUUUUGUACUUAUUUCAAUCAGAUCGACGAAAUACGACAAACUGCACUCGUGCGGGAUGACGAUGGCGUGACAAUUGCCCGACACAUGGUAACGAUGACUAUACGCGAGACGAUUACAACGGUAAUCGUAACGGCAAUGACGAAAACACGCAUUAGUCACGAUAACGAUUCGAUCAUGACGAUGAUCGGUGGUGACAACGAUGUGGACAACGCGAACGUAAACGAGAACGGUGACGAUUACCGGUUAUCGACGAUAACGAUGGUGAUGAUGGUGACGAUGGUGACGACAAUAACGAUUACAACGGCGACAAUAACGACGAGACGACGACAAAUAUAGUAACGAUGAUGGCAAUGAUGAUGAUAAUCCUUGUAAGAACGAUUAGAAAUCCGAAAGUAUAAGGACGAUGAUACCUUCCACGUGGAUGAAAUAAAAUUCUGCUUAACGUACGUAACGUAAAGCGAACGUGUUUUCAAGAAUUUGAAAUACGCGUGUGAUCGAGGUAAUUUUCAUAGAACAAACGUAGCCUUGUAGAUUAUGAGAACGCAUGCUCGUUAUGUUCUUAAUCGUUUCGUGAUAAAUGAUAUAUAAGGAAAAAUUUAUUUUGUGAACGCAUAUAUAUAUAUAUAUAUAUAUCUGUAUACGUGAAAAUAACAGAUAAGUAUCGUUCGUUGAAAGAACGAAAGCGAUCUCAUCGACCUAUUAACAAAAUUACCAUCGCAUUCGAUUUCGUGCAAGUUGACAGUUUCAAGUUACAGAUAAUUGUAUUUACUCGGAUCGACCACGGAGAAUUUGAGAAGAAAAUUUCGAUGGAAAUGUCUCGAAUAACGAAAGACCGAAGGCAUUAAAACUGAGCAUAGCGAAAGGCCUAUAAUAUCGAUCGGUUUUCACACCCGUUGUACGAAAACGAUCGUCUUACGAAUGUUACCAGGUUCGUGAAAGGAAAAAGGCAGAGUUAAGAAGAGAAACGUACGUUCUGCCGAUUGUGAUUGUCUUACGAUAACUCAAGGUCCAAUAAAUGCUCUAGUUAGUGUGUAAGUUUUUUACUGCUCGUUUAACGCAGUUUGCUCGUCAACGAUCGCUUAUUUGCUCCUCCGUGUGUAUAUUUCAUCUACUUAUUUACGCAUUUACUUUUCCAUCUUUUACAUCUUUGUAAUUUAGGUUUAUACGUAAGAUCUUUGGACGAGAGGUUUAAAGAAGUUUGGUCUAAACGAAAAUACGUUUGCUACGUAUUAUCUUCGAUAUAAUUAUUACUAUCAUCAUCAUUAUCGUUAUUACUACUACUGCCGCUGCUACUAUGCUCGUUAUUACCAUUGUCAUUGCUAUUAUUUAUUAUUAUUUAUUAGUCCUCCUAAUAUUAUCGCUGUUCGUACUAUCGCUAUUGUCAUUGUUAUUCUAACAAAAUCGUUAUGAUUAUCGCCAUCAUCAUUAUGAUUAUCAUAAUCAUCGCGUUACUAUUAUGUAUUAUUAAUAACCAUUAUCGUAUCGUUACAGUCAUCAUCUCUAUUAUUGUCACUGUUAUUAUUGUUAUUGUUGUUGUUGUUGUUGCAUUGUUAUGUUUACCAUCGUCAUUGGCAUGGUCGUAUCGUCAUUGUCACCAUCGUCAUCGUGGACGAGAAUUUUGUCGCUUGCGACGAGAGAAAGAAAGAAGGAACAGAUGAAUGAAACUGAAGAAAACGUAAAUGCGCGAUAGCGAUAAAACCAUGUGUGUACCUAUGUAUUUAUGUAUUAUUUAUUGACAAACUAACGACGACCAGCUAUUUAGGUAGGAUAUUAAAAUUAUGAAAUUGAAUAUGUAACGAGAACGAUCGAAACGAGUAAACAAACACAGUUAUAUUAACAUUGGUAAAACGAAGCGAAUGGUUAGGUAUGCGCUCGUCCUCGACGAGCUAACGAAGAUGAAAGAGAAUUUUAAUUAAAAAGAAACGAGGAUGAAUAUAAAAGUUAAGAACGAGCUUUCAUUAAGACAGUUUAGAUUAAAUAUAAAGAAGAACAAAAAGGUAUAUAUAUAAAUAUAUAUAUAUAUAUGAACACACACAAACACACAGACACAGACACAGACACAUACGUACAAACCGUGCGUAUGCACAUACAUAAUACAUGCAUACGACGCAAGAAAUAUACAUAUAAUAUAUGAAUGGAAAGUCAGAGACAAAAUAAAAAAACUAGAAAGAAAUCUAAUUCCGGGAGGAAAAAGAAUAUGCGAAGGAUUAAGAAGUGCGAACCUCGACACCUGUACGAACCCCUAAAUCGCGAUGCUUAACGGGUGUGAGAACGGUGAUACGGUUUUAUUUGAAUAUCAACUUAAAAAGAGCGUCGUAUGAAGUGUGUUUCAUACGCCCUUAACACGUAUCCGACACUCGAGCGUAUCGGGGUAAGGGCUCACGUUCGAAUUUUGGCAUGUGUUUUUAAAGAGAUUUUGCUGGAUCAAAAAGAGUACAUUGUACGAAGCAACGUCGAAUCAGCGAUCAAACGAGACGAAUGCAAAAAGGGACAAAAUGUUGAAAAGACAGAAAAAAAAAAAAAAAUGAAAAAGAAAAGUAAAGCAAUCGGUCUACCGAGACAUGAUAAAUCAAGAGUUUGUUUACUCCACGCGAAAUAUCGGAUACGCUAAUGUUCUAGUCAGAAGAAAAUCUCGUUUCCUAAUAUUAAAAAAAUCAUCUAGUCAUUCUUCUUCACAGUCGAUUUUCUGCCGUUACGAGACUGCGCCGCAGAUGUAAGACGAAGUACAGUUUUUCACAAUUGUAUUUAUUAUACAAAUCGCGGUUCUCACCCCUUGAAGCGCAUCAGCGCGUCGUGUUUUUCGAAUAACGAAUUAAACAAAAAAAAAAAAAACUUACUGUGGAGUGUUCAUGGUGCUAUAAUUACUAUUAUUAUUAUGAUUAUGGUUAUGAUUAUGAUUAUUAUGAUUAUGAUUAUUAUUAUUACUAUAGAAAUAACAAUGUUAUGCUAUAUGACAAAAAAUGAUAAUAUAAUAAAUAUACAUUAUACCUUA